GAUAUUGCUUAUCAAGCCGCAUUGCCCGAAAUCCAACAAGUCCUGAAAUCAGCCUGCGAGACGCACAACCUCCCCUUGGCUCAAACAUGGGUCCCCUGCAUCCAGCAGCAGGGGAAAAAAGGCAGCCGACACUCCGACGAGAACUACUCUCACUGUGUCUCCACGAUCGAUCAAGCCUGCUUCAUAUCCGACGAUCGAAUUCGUGGCUUCCACGAGGCCUGCUCCGAGCACCACUUGCUUAGAGGACAAGGCGUCGCGGGCAGAGCAUUCACCACGAACCAGCCUUGCUUCUCCGGCGACGUGACUGAGUUUUGCAAGACGGAGUACCCCUUGUCGCACCACGCGAGGAUGUUCGGAUUGUGUGCCGCGGUGGCAAUUCGACUGAGGAGCGUCCACACGGGUUCUUCGGAUUUCGUGCUCGAGUUUUUCCUGCCGGCGGACUGCCGGACGGCCGAGCAACAGGAGGAGAUGCUGAAUUCGUUGUCGGUGAUUAUUCAGAGGGUUUGCCGGACGUUGAGGGUGGUGACGGAUGAGGAAAUUGAGCGGGAAGAAGCUGGUCAUUCGGGGAAGCAAGUGGAUAGAAAGCGUACCAAGGCAGAGAAGAAGAUCACAUUGGAAGUUCUUAGGCAGCAUUUUGCUGGAAGUUUGAAAGAUGCUGCUAAGAGUCUUGGAGUGUGUCCAACGACAUUGAAACGAAUCUGCAGGCAGCAUGGGAUAACGCGAUGGCCUUCUCGAAAGCUAAAGAAGGUUGGUCACUCGCUUCAGAAACUCCUGGUCGUGAUGGAUUCUGUUCAAGGCGGCUCUGGUUCGUUACAAAUUCGUUCGUUCUACUCCAGCUUCCCCGAGUUAGGCUCUCCACCGGCUUCAAAGCCACCCGAGGCUGCCUACAUUUCUAGUAGUGCCCUUGUAGCUGCAGUCAAAUCAACUUCUUCAUCAUCGUGCAGUCAGGGUUCGAGCUCGAGCCACUCCUUCUCCAGUGAUCAUCCUCCCUCGGCGAAGAAGGCUGGCGUUCGGAGGGUCCCCCAGUGGGACGCAGAUGCUCAGCGAGUGAAGGUUGCGUAUGGGAACGAGAUAGUGAGGUUCCGAAUGGCAAACAACUGGAGGUUCAACGACUUGUUGAUGGAGAUUGCAAGGCGGUUUGGUAUCGAUGACAUGAGCAGGUUCGAUGUCAAGUAUUUGGACGACGACUCCGAGUGGGUGUUGAUAACGUGCGACGACGAUGUCGAGGAAUGUAUCGAAGUCUGCCUAGCAUCUGGGAGCCAAACUAUAAAACUCUUGCUCCAGGUUUCUUGUCGAGGCGUUUGA